UUGAGUGAGCUAGGGAUGGAUUCACCUAUUCUUCCAUUUUCCGGUACUAUUACUGAUUAUAAGCUCCCCACAUUUUCCCGACAUAUCGUCCGGCGGGAAUAUAGCGCCUUAGACGAUGAGUCCAGGGAGAAGUUUGCGACCGCCGUUAGAAAAUUGAAGGAACGACGACUUCCCGUCGAUCAUGCGGAUUAUGAUCUCUUUAAAAGUUUGCACCAAGCUGGAUUCUCCCCUGGAGCACACUUCGGAGCGAGCUUCGUUGCUUUCCACAGAAUGUAUUUGUUCAUGUAUGAAAAAAUGCUUCAAAAUGUGGCUGGAGAUUCAACAAUCUUCGUGCCUUACUGGAACAGCACGCUAGACAGCGAUUUACCCGACCACGCUGCUUAUGCCCCGUUUUCUGACAUGGUUUCCGGCAUGGGGAACCUCAGCUCCGAUGUGGACCGGCGGUGGACCGUUUGCCAAACUCUGGGCGGCAAACGUGCGGGUAUCACCGACCCAGAAUGGCUGCAGACGUCGUUCGUGUUGUACGAUGAAAACAAUAAUCUUGUCAGGAUUAAGGUUGAAGAUUGUCUGGAUAACGAGAAGCUUGGCUACAGUUAUCAGGAUUUGCCGAAUCCAAGAAGCAAGAAGUUCGAGCCGUUCACCGGAAAAAACCCGAGCAGCACCGGAUCAAGUCUUCCCACAGCCACUGCCAUCUUGCCGGCGACCUUAGACGAGACUGUCAAGUUUUACGUGACGAGGCCGCCGGCGACGACGUCGACGAAGAAGAAAGAGACGGAAGACAAGGAGACGGUGCUGAAUUUCUACGUGGAGUACGAUGAGACAAAGAAUAUUAGGUUUGACGCGUACCUGAACGAGAACAAGGACGCGAAUUCGCUGGAGGUCGAAAUGGCAGAGUUCGCCGGAAGUUUCAUCAACUUCGCGUGGCCGCGCCAGGGAUCGGAGAAGACCAAGACGACGACUACUUGGAGCCUGGAAAUCGCCCAAGUGCUUCAGGACUUGGCGCUCGGCGGCGAGAACAAGAUUCCGGUGACUCUAGUGCCAAAAUGUGGCGGUGAUUCGGUAACCGUCAAGAGUGUCGACAUCACUGGUUAAGAUUCACACUGCACUAUGAACUCUGGUUCAUGUGUUUGUGUUUUACGUUAUGAAAUAUUAUACGUGAAACAAAUUAGUAAUUGUGUCUUGUCUUGUGAAAUUUUGUGCCUAUGAACAUAAUAUGUAUCUAAAUCAU